AUGGCGGAGAUGGGCAGCAAGGGGGUGACGGCGGGGAAGUUCGCCAGCAGCAUGCAGAAGAAGCUCACGCGCGCGCAGGAGAAGGUCCUCCAGAAACUGGGCAAGGCUGAUGAGACGAAGGACGAGCAGUUCGAACAGUGUGUCCAGAACUUUAACAAGCAGCUGAACGAGGGCACCCGGCUGCAGAAGGACCUCCGGACCUACCUGGCCUCUGUCAAAGCCAUGCAUGAGGCCUCCAAGAAGCUGAACGAGUGUCUGCAGGAGGUGUAUGAGCCCGACUGGCCCGGCAGGGACGAAGCGAGCAAGAUUGCCGAGAACAACGACCUGCUCUGGAUGGAUUACCACCAGAAGCUGGUGGACCAGGCGCUGCUGACCAUGGACACGUAUCUGGGCCAGUUCCCUGACAUCAAGUCGCGCAUCGCAAAGCGGGGCCGGAAGCUGGUGGACUACGACAGCGCCCGGCACCAUUACGAGUCCCUCCAAACUGCCAAAAAGAAGGAUGAGGCCAAAAUUGCCAAGGCCGAGGAGGAGCUGGUCAAAGCGCAGAAGGUGUUCGAGGAGAUGAACGUGGACCUGCAGGAGGAGCUGCCGUCCCUGUGGAACAGCCGCGUGGGGUUCUACGUGAACACGUUCCAGAGCAUCGCGGUCCUGGAGGAGAGCUUCCACCGGGAGAUGAGCAAGCUCAACCAGAGCCUCAACGACGCGCUGGUCGGCCUGGAGAAGCAGCACGGGAGCAACACCUUCACGGUCAAGGCCCAGCCCAGUGACAGCGCGCCUGCGAAAGAGAACAAGAGCCCCUCGCCGCCGCCCGAUGGCUCCCCCGCGGCCACCCCCGAGGUCAGAGUCAACCACGAGCCCGAGCCGGCUGGGGCGGCCGCCCCCGGGGCUGCCCUGCCCAAGUCCCCGUCUCAGCCGGCAGAGGCCUCGGAGGUGGCAGGAGGCACCCAGGAGCCCGGGGACACAGCAGCCGGGGAAGCAGCCUCGAACUCGCUGCCGGCCGUGGUGGUGGAGACCUUCUCCGCGGUGAACGGGGCGGUGGAGGGCAGCGGCGGGGGUGCGCGCGUGGACCUGCCCCCGGGGUUCAUGUUCAAGGUGCAGGCCCAGCAUGACUACGCGGCCACCGACACGGACGAGCUGCAGCUCAAGGCGGGGGACGUGGUGCUGGUGAUCCCCUUCCAGAACCCCGAGGAGCAGGAUGAAGGCUGGCUCAUGGGCGUGAAGGAGAGCGACUGGAACCAGCACAAGGAGCUGGACAAGUGCCAGGGCGUCUUCCCCGAGAACUUCACGGAGCGGGUGCAGUGA